AUGCUGGGUACUAGAUCUUAUAUACUACCUAAUCUCAAUACUAGGGUGGACGAAAAUGAAGACGGUAGAAUCACAGAAGAGGAAGUCAAAGAGAUCAUCAGGCUAAGUGCAUCAGCAAACGAGUUAUCCGGAUUAAAAGAAGAGCCACAUGAAUUUGCAGCACUGAUAAUGGAAGAAUUCGACCUUGAAAGACUUGGCUACAUCGAGUUGUGGCAACUUGAGACAUUGUUUUUACAAAAGGAGACGUACCUAGACUACAGUCAAGAAUUGAGCCAGAAUUUACGGAGAAGCCGCAUACAGAGACUGAGCAACAAGUUGAUGUAUUAUUUGCAAGAUAACUGGAGAAGUAUUUGGAUGUUGUCAGUUUGGGUAAUGAUCAUGAUUGGAUUGUUUGCAUGGAAAUUCUUUCAGUACAAGCAAAAAAGUGCUUUUAAGGUGAUGGGUUAUUGCCUUCUUAUAGCCAAUGGUGCAGCCGAGACACUCAAAUUCAACAUGGCUCUUAUCCUUUUGCCUGUUUGUAGAAACACCAUCACCUGGCUCCGGUCUACAAAUUUCAGCUCAUUUCUCCCUUUUGACGACAACAUCAACUUUCACGAGAUGAUUGCAGCAGCAAUUGUAAUUGGUGUAAUUCUUCACGCCGGAGAUCACCUCGCAUGCAAUUUCCCUAGGCUUAUAAAUGCAUCUUCUGAUAACUAUAAUAACUUUUUGAGUAGAAAUUUCGGUACCCAGAAACCCACAUACUUAGACCUUGUUAAAGGUCUAGAGGGUGUUACAGGAAUUUUAAUGGUUAUCUGCAUGGCUAUUGCAUUCACAUUAGCAACAAGGAGGUUCAGGAAAAACCAGAUUAAGCUUCCAAGGCCCUUUGACAGAUUUAUAGGCUUCAAUGCCUUCUGGUAUUCACACCACCUGUUUGUCAUUGUCUACAUCUUUCUCAUCGUCCAUGGGGUUUUCCUUUACCUCGUACACGAGUGGUACCUAAAGACGACAUGGAUGUAUCUUGCUAUCCCAGUUUUACUAUAUGUUGGAGAAAGAACUCUCAGAUUCUUCCGCUCUGUCUCCUACACUGUCCAAAUUUUGAAGGUUGCCAUUUACCCUGGAAAUAUUCUUGAAUUGCUAAUGUCAAAGCCUUCUCAGUUUCAGUAUAAGAGCGGGCAAUAUGUGUUUAUUCAGUGCCCUUCUAUUUCUCCAUUUGAGUGGCAUCCAUUUUGUAUUACGUCUGGUCCUAACGAUGACUACCUGAGUGUUCACAUUAAGAUAGUAGGUGAUUGGACACGACAGCUUAAAUGUGUAUUUUCAGAGGUGCACAAACCUCCUGCAACCGGAAAAAAUGGACUUCUGAGGGCUAAUGAAACAACAAAGGAAAGCUUGCCAAAGUUCUUUAUAGAUGGACCUUAUGGUACCCCUGCACAAAAUUAUAAAAAGUAUGAUGUUUUGUUACUUAUUGGUCUUGGAAUUGGAGCAACACUCUUUAUUAGCAUCUUGAAAGAUCUGCUCAACAACAUUGUUAAAAUGGAAGAGCAAGCGGAUUCAGACUCAUAUUUAAGUAUGACAUCAACCUGAGUGCAGGAGUAAUGAUUCCAGCAAUUCCAAUAGAGUUUAUCAAAAAGUAAAAAACUCGUGAAGACCACUAAUGCUUACUUCUAUU